GUCGCUUUCUCCUGUUGAACCGACGCCAACAAAACCGGGUUAUUAUCUGACAGUAAAACGGAGACAGCUGUCAGGGGAAUAAAACAACAGAAACACGACAUAUCUUCAGUUUUAUCCGAACCGAGCUGGUAUGCGGAUCGGACCGGGCUCUGCCGUAGGCUCCGUGCAGGUUUGUGUCCACAGGGUGUCAUUUUAAAGACACGUAUCACCGGAAGUUAGCGGAUUCUGCAACGGAGCUAACAGGCUAACUGCUAACUAACGGUUAGGAUGUUGAAUAAACUUUAUUAAGACUCGGUGACGUUACCAGGGAUCCUGUGUGACGUCAUGGAAUCCCUUUUAGACUUUGAGGAAUGCAUCAAGGACUCACCUGAGUUCAGGCUAACUCUGGAUCAGUUUGAGGCAGAUGUUUCCCUGCUGGAGACUCAUCUGGAUAAGGUGAUGAAGCUGUGCGGGAAGAUGGUGGAGGCGGGACAAGCGUACAACGCAGCCAAUCAGCUCUUCCUGAGCGGUUUGGCUGAGCUCCUGUUGUAUCAGAAGAAGGAGUCGGUGAUGAUGAGCUGCCUGAACCAGUUCCAGCAGGGUCUGCAGGAGAUGCUGAGCUUCCACACCAUGCUGCUGGACCAGAUGCAGAGAGCCAUCAUCCAGCAGCUCUCCAGCCUCUGCUCACAGUUCCAGCCGCAGCUAGCCGACACCAGGAAGGAGUUCGUUCGGAUCGGAGAGGAUCUGGAGACGGCGGCGGCGAAGAACGCCCAGGUGUCGCGCCACAAGGCGGCCGAUGCGGAGCGGGCGAGCCACCUGCUGCUCGCCACCCGGAAGUGCUACCAACACUUUGCCCUGGAUUACUGCCUACAGCUCAACACCUUUAAAACCCAACAGAACAUCGACGUCUUGAACUCUGUGUUCUCCUUCGUCCACGCCCAGUUCACCUUCUUUCACCAAGGCUUCGACCUGCUCAGAGACCUGGAGCCCAGCAUGAAGACCAUGGGAGCUCAGCUGUCUCAGCUUUCUGCCGCCUGCGCCGCCAAGAGGAAGGAGCUGGAGAACCGACACCUGCUGGUGCAGCAGCGGGACGCUUCGGGCGAGCUGAUGGUCAGCUCGUGUCCCGACAGCGGUGACAUCAUCCAGGGUUACUUGUUCAAACGGUCCAGGAGGAAAUCCAAGACCUGGAAGAGGUGCUGGUUCUCCAUCAGAGACAAUCAGCUGAUCUACAGAAAGUCCCACAAGGAUGAUGCUGCCGUCCUGUUUGAGGAUCUUCGGCUGUGCGCCGUGAAGCCUGCGGAGCAUCUGGACCGCCGCUUCUGCUUCGAGCUGCUGUCCGUCCAGAAGUGCUGCGCCCUGCAGGCCGACUCGGAGCCGCUGCAGCAGGCGUGGCUCGCGGCGCUGCAGGGCAGCAUUGACCUGGCGUACCGGGAGCGUGGCGACGCCCGCCUCGUCCUCCCGAGCGCCGGAGACCCCGCCCCUCUGCCGGCCACGCCCCCCCAGAGGCCAGCGGCUCUGGCUGUGGCCCUCGGGGGCCCCGGGAACCAGAGGUGCUGCGACUGCGGCGAGCCGGAGCCGCGCUGGGCCGCCGUCAACCUGGGAGCCACCGUGUGCAUCGAGUGCUCCGGGAUCCACAGGAGCCUGGGCGUCCACCUGUCCAAGGUGCGGUCCCUGACCCUGGACUCCUGGGAGGCGGAGCAGCUGAAGCUCCUGUGUGUUCUGGGAAACGACGUGGUGAACGCCAUCUAUGAGGCCAGAUCUUCUGAGGACGGCCGGGUCAAGCCCCGACCCGACAGCCUCAGGUCCGAGCGGGAGGCGUGGAUCCGGGACAAAUACGUGGAGAAGAGGUUCGUCCAGCGCCGCCCUGCAGGCAGAGCCGAUAACGGAAGUGAAAACAUCAGCGCAUCGCUAACGUUUCCCUGUGAUUCUGCUGCAUCGCCUCAAAAAGGGGCAGGGCUCCGACUCUACCAGGCCUCCGUGGCCGGAGACCUGGUUUCCAUGGCGACGGCUCUGGCGGAAGGGGCGGAGGUCAACGGCGGCGUCGCCGAGGAGGAGGGGCGGACGGCGCUGAUCGGAGCAGCGGUCGGAGGGUCGCUGCUGGCCUGCGAGUUCCUGCUGCAGAACGGAGCCAACAUCAACCGCAGAGACCUGAGGGGGCGCGGCGCGCUGCACGCUGCUGCCACCGCUGGACACACGGGUCAGGUGUGUUUGCUGCUGAAGAGAGGAGCCAAUCAGUACGCUGUGGACGAGAAUGGGCAGGACCCGCUGGCUAUCGCCAUGGAAACCGCCAAUGCUGACAUCGUCACUCUGCUGCGAAUGGCCCGGAUGAACGAGGAGAUGAGAGAUUCAGAGGGAGUCUUCAGCACCACAGGUGACGACGAGACGUUCCAGGACAUCUUCAGGGAUUUCAGCGACAUGGCGUCCAACGACCCGGAGAGGCUCAGCAGGAGGCAUUUCAGCCGAGGAGGCGAGGAAGAGGAGGAGGAUGAAGGAGGGGGACAUAAGAGCAGCCGCUGCUGACCCUCCAGGUUACCAUGGCAACGUUUUUAGAGACUUUGGACCAAACCAACUAGGAUGAAGAUUAUCAGAGAGUUCAGCUGUCGGUUCUGAUCCGGAGCCACCGGGUUCCCAGUUCUCUGUUUCUUUAGGAGUCGGGCUUUUAUCACUGUGAAUGGUUCAGAUCAUUUCACCAGAACCAGAACCGGCCUGGAGGAUUCACGGUUGGGUCCAGGAGGUUCUGGCUCUGGAAGGAGAUCAACACUAACCCGAUUGUUCAUCUUGUUGUUAAUCAUGAGAAUCCAGAAUGUCAGAAACAUUUCCUGGUGAAUAAAGUCAGAACCGGUUCUGAACGGGUCCAGAA